GAAAUCAAAAUUAAAUCACGCAAAUUGCGCCAAUUAUCAAUAAUAAAAAAAAUUAUACUCAUACUAAAUACUAAUGUAACACAAAAUUAUCAAACUACAACCAUUAAAUAGCAACAGAAAUUAGCAAACGAACCUAAAGCCCAUAACACCUUAAGGUCACGGCAAUAACAAACUGAUGAAAACUUCAACUCCACUUCCUAUAAAAAUGGUAAAUAACUAUUAACUCAACACUUAAUAAAAAUGGAAAUAUUUCUUAAAUCACGGAAUAACCUGAAUUUAACUCUGAAUUUCUUGAUUUUCUUCAAAUCACCAUUUUUCAAUCAUCUUCGCCCCUUAAAAAUACAGAAACCUUAGAAAUUAACGAGUACCAUGCCCAAUUCCAUAAUUGAAAUUCUUGUAAUGGUAUGCGUCGUUUUGAGUUCAAAUGUUAGUGAAGCGCUGCGUUUUGAGGUGUCAUCGGGAGCAACAAAAUGUAUAUCGGAAGAGAUAAAGCACGACGCCAUGACAGUUGGAAAGUAUAAGGUUAUAAGCCCCAUUGAUGAUGGUCACCCUGUUCCCGACAAUCACCGUAUUACUGCUCGCGUAACAUCACCACGAGGUAACCAUUACCAUUACAAAGAUGUAGUAGAAUCGGGCAUCUUUGCGUUCACAGCAGCCGAAACUGGGGAUUAUAUGACUUGCUUUUGGGCUCCAUAUAAUAAUCCUCCAUCCAAAAUUUUAAUUGAUUUUGAAUGGAAAACAGGGAUUGAUGCUAGGGAUUGGUACAAUGUAGCACGUAAAGGUCAAAUUGAUUUAGUGGACGUUGAGCUAAGGAAAUUGUACGACAGUGUGAAAUCCAUACAUGAGGAGAUGUUUUACCUUCGUGAAAGGGAAGAAGAAAUGCAACUAUUGAAUAAAUCUACCAAAUCAAAGAUGGCAACCUUCAGUUUAGUUUCAAUCAUCCUUGUCCUAUCUGUAGCUGUAUUGCAGUUGUGGCAUCUUAAAUCAUAUUUUGAGAGGAAGAAGCUUCUUUAAUUAAAGUUUAUAAUCAAUGUAUGAGGUGUACUCCUUUUAUAUACCCCCCCCCCCCCUUUUUUUCAUUUUUCAAGUCAAGGAAACACGUAGCCCAAUCAUAAUUUUCUUAUGUGCUGUACAUUUGAGCACAUAAACAUUUGAGC